AUGGGACAUACGUACUUGAAAUGUUGCAAUGCAGAGUUCUUCAUCUAUAUUGCAGCAGUUGUAUUUCUAGUGUUGUGUGCUGGUCUCAUGUCUGGGCUUACAUUAGGCCUCAUGUCUAUGAGCGUACUUGAUCUUGAGGUUCUUGCAAAAUCUGGAACACCAAAAGACCGUCUUCAUGCUUCAAAGAUCUUGCCCAUUGUGAAGCAACAACAUCUAUUGCUAUGUACGCUUCUGAUCAGCAAUGCUGCUGCUAUGGAGGCACUUCCUGUUUUUCUUGAUGAGUUAGUGCCAGAUUGGGGAGCAAUUCUUCUUUCAGUAACAUUGAUACUCCUCUUUGGUGAGAUUAUACCACAGUCUCUCUGUAAAAGAUAUGGAUUAGCCAUUGGUGCAACAGUUGCUCCACUUGUUCGCGUUCUUAUUUGGUUUUGGUUUCCAAUAGCCUAUCCGAUAAGCAAGAUCUUAGACUUCCUGUUGGGGAAAGGACAUAAAGCUCUAUUUCGCCGAGCUGAAUUGAGAACACUAGUUGACAUGCACGGUAAUAAGGCAGGAAAAGGAGGAGAAUUGUCAAUUCAUGAGACAAAUAUAAUUGCAGGAGCACUUGAGCUUACUGAGAAGACUGCAAGGGAUGCCAUGACUCCUAUAUCUGAAACUUUUGCUAUUGAUAUCAAUGCCAAUCUAGACAGGGAUCUGAUAAAUUUAAUCUUGGAGAAGGGACAUAGCAGGGUUCCAGUUUACCACGAACAUCGAACAAACAUAACUGGACUUGUCCUGGUGAAGAAUUUGGUGACAAUUAAUCCAAGAGACAAGGUGCCCGUUAAGAAUGUAACACUACGGCGUAUCCCAAGAGUUUCAGAGACAAUGCCAUUGUAUGACAUUCUAAAUGAAUUCCAGAAAGGCCUCAGCCACAUGGCUGCUGUUGUGAAAAGGCAAGAUGGCACAAUGGAUAAAGAAAGCGCCAAUCUGUCCGCUGUAAGAGAAGUGAGAUUGAACAUUCCUGGAGAAAUCUUUUAUCAAAGGAAAAGUUCAAGGGUCGAACGAUCACUGAGGAAAUCAAAGAGAUUCAAUGCAAGUAUUUCGCGAAGAGAGUACUCAAAAAGCCGAAGGUGGUCAGAGGAAGUUCACCCCGAGAUCCUUCCAAUUAAGGAAAAAUCACUUUCAGCUCGUUCUUCAGAAGAAGUAAUUGGGAUCAUUACCAUGGAAGAUGUCAUUGAGGAGCUUCUAAAAGAGGAGAUCUAUGAUGAGACAGAUCAUGUUGAUGCCAAUUCCAUGUCUAGACUCGGCCGCAACAUCAGCAUAGGCAAGUCACACGGGGUGGUGUACUACUGAUGGAGCAUCAAAUUAAACACAUUGCUGUGAUUUGAACAAGAUGACACAAGCAGCAAAUAUGCUUGAAAUCGUACUUGUCAGUUUCCUUGAAUUAUAAAUGGAUUGAUUUGGACAAGUUAUAUUUUUCAUUAGCGAUGUUCAUCUAUGCAACAUGACAAAC